AUGGUUCUUGGACGGAGCCCCAAGAAGAGGAUCCGUGGCAAGGUGGCGUGUUCCACCAUCCACUGGGUCCAAAAAAACAAAGAUGAAAUUCCUGUGAGGACAUGCCAGCGGCUGUUGCCCAGAUUGUAUAAUUUUACGCGGGGCACAACUUUCUCAACGCAGGCCUUCCGGGACUGGCUCUUAACACAAAGGGCCUCCGUGAAAACAACAGACGAUGCCAAUGCCUUGCUGUCCAAGCUCUCGGAAAACCGCAGGCAUGGGAACCAGCUGAAGCCGGCACCAGCUGCCUGGGUUCCCACUGGGAUUCGUUUCGAAGACAAUCAGGCCGAAGCACACGUCCAAAACGUGUGUGGCUUCGAAUGGAAGCCAGGACAACAUCUUCCAGGGUCCAAGCAAAUGAGUUGGAACGAGUACGGAUGGGUCUACCGCUUGAAGGCUCAAGAUUCUGCAAGGGGGUUGUACCAAGUGGUGCGUUCCAAAGCCUUCAAACGAGCAUCGGCCCUGGUGGCCAAGAGGACCGUCACGAUGGACAAGAAGACCAGCUUCAAGUCAUGCUGUGUGAUGGACCUCCCACCAGGUCGUUGCAUCUCUGAGCCGAAAUGGUCGCUGAUUUACUUGCAUUCAUUUUCGCAGAAAGGCACUGAGUACCUGGACUUUCCUCAUUACUUCAAUGUAUGCGGCGCCAGCCUUCGGGUGUUGAUGCCAACCGCUCCCCUACUGGAGCAGCAAUGUUUCAAGGCGCCGGCGACGGGCUAUGGAAAGGGUGAAGCUGGGCAGGCCAGGACUGGUACGUUUGGCGUGGUGGACACCUCGGCUGGUGGGGCAGCCCAGCCACUGGUAAUUUGA